UUACAUAAUUCCUCCAAUACGGCAAAGAGAUAACGAAAUGAAAGAGUUGAGAUAAUUUGGAGUGGCACUGAUGCCGUUGUCUAAACACAGCAGAGUUUUUAAUGAGGUCAAUGGUAAGAGAGAGAGGGCUGAGGAUGAGGAGGAUGAUGUGGGGCGGGCUGAAGGCGUUGCUCAUGCCGUCCUCCUCCUGUAGGGCCAGUAGACAGUGAACUUGAGCAGUGACGGGCACACGGGUACAGCAUUGACGACAAUCAAGUCACACAUCGCUGCUGUUCUAUGAGAUUUACAGUGUCAGUUUAGUUUUACGGGAUCAUCACUCAAGAUGUCCAGGCGCAAACUCGGCAGUAGACCGCAACACCUGAGCGCAAUGCAAGAUGCUCCAGAGUCCACAGUCAUCCCCACCUCCUCACCAUCACCUGAGCGAAUGUCUCAGCCUGAGGUUGGUAGUCGUGACCUGUUGACUUGUGGCCAGUGUGGUCAGGCAUUCCCUCUGGCCCAUAUCCUCACCUUUAUCCAGCACAAACAGGGUGGAUGCGGUAGUGCCAGGGCCCAGCCUCAGGACCACACCCCUCCCUCUCCAGCUACUCAAACGCUCCGAUGUGGCCAGGAAACGCAGGUGGAGGCAGGCUAUGUGGAGCUCCGACGGAUGACGGACAGGAGAUGGAAGGAAGAGCCAGGUGUGAGGGUGGAGGCUAACAGAGCUGAGGAGCCAUCUAUUUUCACCUGCCAGGUGUGUCAGUGUGUAUUCUCCAGUGCAUGGGCUCUCCUCCAGCAUGCUCAGAACACACAUUCUCUCAACAUCUACCAAGUGGAGGAAGACAGUAAUGCACGGACGUCAAAACCAGCAGCCAUGAUGGAUCCACGUCACCUGGGUGCUGCACUGGCCUCUGCAUUCCAAUCAUCCUCUCAGCGGUCAGCCCACCCUCACAAGCCUUACUGCUCCACCCCUUCAUCAGGUGCACAGGACCUGCAUGGGCUGAAGUUCUCCAUGUGUUUGCAGCGGUUGGCAGAGGUCAGCUACAAUAAUGGAGGAGUGGUACCCUCUCCGUCUCCCUCUCCACCAGCUGCUUCGCCUUUUCCACACUCCACUCCACCACGCCAAACAGCCUUCUCCUGUGAGAUGUGCAGCCAGGGCUUUCAGUCUCUGCGGAGCCUGUCCGCCCAUCGUCGCACUCACGCCUGUGAUAGACCCUAUCAUUGCGGCCUGUGCCAGCUCACUUUUGCCCAGAGCGGGGAACUGGCACGUCACAUGAGGAGCCACCGCCACCCUGCAAGACAGGAAAUGUCUGAUCCCAUCCCUGCCAGUACAGAUGAGGACAGAAAGCUUUCUGCACAGGGAGAUAAUUAUAUUUCCAGUGGUGUGGGGCAUCAAGUAGCUGGCAUGGAGGCAGGGAAGCACCCAGGAGGUAACAACUUGAUCUUGAUGUCCUCACAGUCCAGGGUUCCAGAUCGUAAUCUGUUGCGGUACUGCCAGCCUCAAAGAGAUGCAGAUGAAGAAGGUCAUGGUGAACCUCAGCAGCCAUCUCCCUUUGGCAGCCCCUCAGAGGGCUCUCUGGAGAGCGGUGAUACAGGUGGAAGUGGGGAGAGUGGGAUCGCCAGUGGCAACUGCACACCAAAGCGUCCAGAGCGAGAAGAUCGUCCUCAAGGUGAGUGGGAAACCGACAGAGAGGUGGAGGCUGUGGAAAUGGUCCAGGAUUGGCAACGAGAGAACGAAAGGAGACAGGUCACUAUUGGUGGGGGUAAGAAGAAGAAAGAAGAAGCCUGUGAGUUUUGUGGGAAGUGUUUCCGUAACAGCAGCAACCUGACAGUGCACCGACGCAGCCACACAGGUGAGAGGCCAUACCGAUGUGGCCUGUGCAGCUAUGCUUGCGCGCAGAGCAGCAAGCUUACAAGGCACAUGAAGACGCAUGGUGCACGUGGGAUACGCCCCGCCUUCCAGUGCCAGUUGUGUUCAGUCCCUUUUACUGUCUAUGCCACGCUGGAGAAGCACCUGAAGAAGGUCCAUGGACUCACCCACGCUAGUGCUGGGGCCUACAGCCAAAGCCCAAUCGCUGAUUACAGCAUCAAAGUGGAGGAAGACUCCAUCAGUGAUAAAUCAGCAGUUUCAAUCACAACCCUCACAGAAUCCAAUGUGGACAUGCAAGAGGAGGUCAGUGUUGAUCUUGAUGAGCCACCUACCUCUGAAGAAACCAGUGGUACUGUAGCGCUGGGUCAAACCACAGUAUAAAAAUAGCGAUACUUCUGCACGACACUCUAAUCAUGACCAAAACCACCAAGCAUGAAGAUCUUCUGCCGCUGGCUCAGUGUGUGCAUUCUGUCAAACUGAGAACAGCAUUGAAGACCUCACCUGCCUUUACCACAGUACUUAGCAGCCUAGCUCUAAGGCACAUACUGUAGCUGAUACUGAACAAGACAUGUUAGAGUCAUAUCAGUACACGUUUAAGUGCCUAUAUAUAUAUAUAUAUAUAUAUAUAAAUUGUUAUAUCCUGACAUGCAAUAUUUGAGGACUUUUGAACUAGAGAACAUGAGUGAGGCCCAAUCGUUGUUGUCAAGACUGCAAUCAGCACUUCCUCCUACAGCAGAAACCUAGAACUUUACUGCAGACACAGACUUGUAGAACAGGUCAUGAGUAGCCCAUGUGGAGAUGUUGCUAGGUCAUUUGAGCAUUUUGAUGGGUUCUUAAAUGCAAUCAUAUAGGAAUAUUGGCAAGACUGAGUGGCCAUUACCUGCAGGUGAUCUGUCUAUAUGAUUUUGAAUUCUAAAAUACAAUUACUAAAGUGGACACUUUGUGUAUACUCUACCACAGAGCUUUAAAGGUUCACGUUUUAUAAAAUUGGUGAAUGUCAAAGUCAUACUGUCAAAGGGGGUGGGUGGCAUAUGGAAGGUCUAUAUCGGGUGUAUCAUAUGUCUUGCACAAAUGACAAUAGACUCUGAAAUACAGAUUUGCGCUGUUGUUUCAACAUAGGGAAGCUUUUGUUUUCCCAACUCUCUCUGACAGGGUUAUGUUUCCAUUUUUUGUGCUUUUUGAUACUGUUUAUUAGACUGAUUGGGUCUGUGGCAAUGUAUAUAUUCGCUGUAAUUAAAGAAAAUUUUGUUUGCCAUUAGUUCAGCAGGAUGUCAAGAAGUUUGUAAAUAUCUAUAUAUAUAUAUAUAUAUAUAUAUAUAUAUUAGUUUGUGCAGACA